GACAUCAUCAACGCACCACACGAGGGGAAGUUCUUCCAAACUUGACAGAUGCCACGUGCUCGGAUCGAGUUUGAAACGAUCUCGCCGCUGGUUCGUCCGCAUCGUGAUCCGCACUGUAGGUGCCGGUAGCGUGAAGGAGAAGAAACGUGAGAUCCGUCCGGCGAGCAGCCCAGGGUGCAAGCAAGGGUAUAAAUAGGCAACGUGUUGGUUGGCUGUUUGGUGGGGGCCGGGAGACGGUUGCUCGUCGGUGAAAAUAGAAAAGAAUGUUUUUGGAUUCCAAUUGGACUUGGUUGGCAGAACGAUGGGGCAAUAUGGCCGACUUGGCCGAGCGGGUGGACGAUCUGAUAUGCAGUUUUGACUCGGCCGGUGACACUACCAUGGAUACACUAUCGAUGUUGGUGUUCGGUUGGAUGCUGUUCGGACUGAUAGUGCUGUGCGUUGGUAAAUACGUCUACAAUCGGUUCGCCCUCAACGCCAUCAAGGCGUCCGGAUCCGCCAAAGACGGUUACGGAUUCACGGCGCACGCCGCUGCGGACGGUGUUGUGAUUCCCGGUGCUGGUGCUAGUGUCGGAGGUGCUGCAGGUGCCGGUGGGCUCAAAGGAAGUGCCCAAAAUUCGCGAACCGCAUCGUCACCGGUUUCAGUCUCAUCAAAGUCCUCGACGACCGGUGUUGGUGCCGGAAGUUUGGCCGCUGGUCCCGGCGGCGGUGGGGGUGGGUCUUCGGGGUACGUGCCGCCGACACCCCCGGUGAGGAAACGGCUCACACGGAAGACUUCCGGUCCUUUGGUAAGCCCCGCGAGAAGCUCGAGGGCCCUUCAUCUUCCCACUGCUACCGGGGCUGACGCCGAGGCUGUGCGCUGGGUGAACGAGCUGAUAGUAUGGCUACACUCGGACCUUGUUAUCCUCAACGAGCUCCUCGCCACCUGGGUCAUUUCUCUCAACGAAUUCACCGCCGGUUCCGUCGAAGAGCAUGGUGUCGGUGUCGAGUUCGUGCGGGUUCUUCCCGAGACGCAUUCACCCGUCCUUUCGAACAUCUUCUGCGAAUGCGACUCGAAGGACGACGUCACAAUUACCUGCGACUGCGAAGCGACGCCGGCUCUUCAGCUAAAAGCCUUCCGACAGCGAGGUGAAAAGGUCGAGGCCAGUCACUACCGUGUCAACGUCAACCGUUUCCGGGCUCGACUUCACUUAGUCUGUAUCACAGAAAAGCUUCUGCUGGAUCUGAAGUGCGACGGAUGGCCAGAGGUCAAGGUGUCUCUGGCUCCGGUCGGAACCAUAAAGAAGGACCUGGACGAGAGCCAGCUGCAAGAGGUCGUGACAGAGAUCGUCGUCGGCGCGCUUCGUGGCACCAACGUGCAUCUGAACCUCGCACAGUAUCCAACCUGCCCCAGACUAUGGAGGGAACCACCACCGCAGUCGGGAUUCUCCCUGCCUCUUCACUACGACAGUAUGAAUUAUUCGAAUACAGUGACAGAUCAACAACAUCUUCAGAUCCGCCAGAGCCACUCCCCUACUAUGCAGUACACCCGUGGCGACCGACGACUUUUGGUCAAGAUCGUGAAGGCAUCCGAUAUUGGUGGGGCCGAAGGAUCCAAGGAACCCUACUGCGUUGUCGAACUCGACGAACCACCCCAGAAAAAUCAAACCUCAAUCAAAAAGGACAACGCCAACAAUCCGCAUUGGGACGAAGCUUUCUUGUUCGACGUUAGUCAGAACACGUCGGAGGUGCUGCUGGAGGUUUACGACCACGUGAAUAAAGGCCAGCGUUUCCUGGGGCUGGGGAUCGUGGGGGUGGAGGAGUUGCUGGUCAACCCUAGUCAGAGGCAAAUCAUACCUCUGCAGGCUCGGCCUUAUGAACAGGACGAAGUUACGGGGACCCUGACAGUCGAGUUCCUCUUCAUCGAAGGUGCCGAGGUGCCGCAGAUCGGGACCAAACCGUACAAAGUCAAAGAGAGCAUCAAGCCGAUCCAAUCGCCGAGUCGUAGCUACACACCAACAAAACAUCUGAACAACACUAGCUUAAAUUACAACAACGGUAACAGCACCUUUAUCUUAUACGAUUCUGGCAGUCAGUCUCCAGGGGGUGAUUACCUCUCCAACGGGAACGGGCUCGAUUCUCCGUACAGGACGGGCCAAUUCAACGGGAACAAAGGGACGCUGAUAGUCCACAGCCAGCAGAGACAGCCAGAGCGACAGAUCGUCAAGGUUGCACUGACGGAAGCUGGAAAUUGGCAAGAAGUCUCGCCUGAGCAUGGUACAAAAGACAACAGCACGGCAUCGGGUCCAGAAAGUACUCCGAAUUCCUCAAAUUCUGAAGGAAUCAGAGAGAGAGGGAGAACGCGGAGAAAACGUCGGGACUUUUUUGGGACUAUAAAGCGGCGCCUUGGCCGAUCAAAGAACAGGAGUCGGUCUGUCGGACCCGAAGGUGAAGCGCCAUACGAAGAAGCUCAUUCGAGGUCGAUAUCAGCUGACAGAGCUCGUGAUCCUGGCUCAGGUUUGCUGUCGGUGCCAGGAAGAGAAGAACAGUCUAGAAGGUCGAGUCUGAGCGAGGCUUCAGCAGUGAGUGGAACCUCGACGCGAACUUACCUGAACGAGGCAUCGACCCUUGUUCUGGAGACCCUGGAGAACGGGAUAAAAAAACACUACCUCGUGCCGUUGUCUCUCGCGCAGAAGAGCAAAUGGAGAAAAAAGGGUACCAAAUUACACAUCUUCAACGAUCAUACCUUCAUCGCGAAACACAUGCCAGGAGGCACAACAUGCGAGGUUUGCAAGCGAACUUUGGCUCGAAGAUUGGGUAAGCAGGGCUACGAGUGCAGGGACUGUCAGCUCAAGUGUCACAAGCAUUGUCACGUCAAAGUCGACUCGACUUGCUCCUCGUCGACCAUACAGAGCAUCGAAUUGUCCCUACUGCCAGUACUGAGCGAAUAGGAUAGAACGUACAUAAAAAAUACGCAACACGAACGAAAGCCAUCGACUCGACUAUGCUAGUGAGAAGUUGUAAAUUAAAAAUUAUGAAACAAUUACAAUAAUAAUAUUAAUAAUAAUGAUAAUAAUAUUAAAAUUAAUAAUAAUCAUAAUUAUAACGAAAAAAUAAUCGAUAACAAUCACGUUUAUUAUCCAGAAUACGAGUCACAGAAAUAACGGUAAUAAUAUUGAUUAU